AUUCAUUAACGAAGGAUCAGUAUACUAAAGUGUUACCGUGUAAUCGUUUGUUUUACUCGUGUUUCCACAGUUUCCCUAUUAAAUCCAGUCAUGCAGAAGGUACUUUUACAUCGAUGCAUACCCAGGAUAGUGAACAUCAAUCAUGCUGAAUCUAACUGACAUUUAUAUUCACAUAAAAAGAGAACACAUACCUAUUAAUUUGCAACUCCAUUAAGGUUUUUAAGUCCAAAGGCUUACACAUUUAGAAAAAUAUUGAUAAAACAUCUUAUGUUUACGUCACUUUUCUGAGCAUUUUUUAUUAAUUUUCCUCUAAAUUAUGCGAUGAUUGCAAUACUGUUAUCCUUUCAGCCAGAGCAACAGAGGGAGCUCAUGAGAAGAAAACAGGAGUUAUGAGCUUUACGAGUUAACCAGAGUGUGUGAAUCUGUGAAAGAUAUGCGAAUGCAUUAGUCUGGUAUCAACAAAGGCACGGGGAAGAGAUGUUCCUCAAGCAGUCUCUGGUAUUUUCCAUAAACGUGUGUAUUAUUAUCGCAAUGGUUAACAUAGCCUUUAGUAUCGCAUAUGAAAGCGGAAACACGACUGGCUCUGGCACGCACGACACCAGUAAAUCAUCACAUCAUAAGACUUUGGUGCUAGCAUCAGUGACAGGUGAAGAACAGACAGCGGGUUGUUCAUGUAUUGCAGGGCCAGGAUGCUCUUGUUGUCAUGCAGUAGCACUUUUGUGGAUGGUCAGUAAAGUAAAGGACAAUUCAGGGCAUGCAAAUUGUUUAUUGUAAUGUGAUCUUAUUAACUAAUAAAUGUACUAGACUGAAAUGUUGUCCCUGAGCGCCAUAACAACAUCUCUCAUAAAGGUUUGCAACUUUACAAAGUAAACAAUGAUUCGAAAAACACUUUUCGCAAAAUACCAUUAGUAUGCUACUUCCACCGCCUCUCCGGAAGUUGUACCCACAUUCUUUUUUACAGUAGCACCUCUGAUUUUUAAGUAAAUCAAGGAAUCUUCAGCAUUAAUGAGGAUUACUUUAAGGAAUGCUGGAAUUAAAAAAACUGGCUGAGAAGCUGGGUGUGAGGUCAAUUCACUUGACAAUGAGACUGUUGAAUGAUUUUCUUGAAUGCUUAUCAAUGGAUUUUAAAUAUGGUUUGGAAACAUCUAAUGAAGAUAUAAAUGCCAUUUUCCCAGAGUUAAAAAUUGCACCUGCUUUUGAUGCUUUUCAAGAAAGGGAAGGGACUUUGCUUACCUUCAGGACUCCUGAACUAGAACUUUUCAGUGAAACUGGGGAAAAAGCACAGCAUGUUACAUGUGUCAAAGUCUCACAUAUGGGACUCUGGGACUUCCCAUAAAGGUAGCUGGAGGACCUUGUACAGGGUAUUCCAUUGAGAAAAGGUCUGGGGAUCUUCAGUGGAGAAUUGCACAGUUUAAUAGCUACAAACAGACACUAACCCUUGAUCCACAGGUAGAGGAGGGGUGUCCAUUCUGUGGGCAAACAUUCUUUUUUUUUACUGUAAUUUUUUUUUUAUGGUAGACUUGAAGCUUUGUUAUCUCAAUUAGAAGAAUGGUGUAGAAUUUUAGGAUCAGUGUCCUCACCUAUACUUUUAUUUAUGGACCUAAGUAUAAAAAAACAGAAGGCAAAUCCAUUUGAUGCUUAAUUAUUUGUUUGGGCAGGCCAAAAUGGCAAUUUGGCUAUCAGGCAAAAGGUAAACUAAAUGGUAUGAGCUCAACUGAUGUAGUGUCAAUAUGCUUAUUAUCAACUGGUUACCGCAUCCUCUCUCUCUCAGAGGAAGUGGGCGUCUCUGUCACAAUCAGCACUUCAUGUUGAACAUGUAACAAGGAAAGAAACACUCAAAACUCAUCUGAACACACAUCGAGAGCUUCAGAAGAACUGAAUAUACUAGUAACAGAAGAUCAUUUAUUAAGGGAGAAGAAUGAAGAUCAUCUUGACUUUCACUCUGCUGAUGAUUCCUGGUGUCGUGAUCUCCAUGAGAGUGACAGGAUAUUCAGGAGGAGGAGUCACGAUCACAUGUGGAUAUGAUGAAGGAUACAGAGCAAAUGAAAAGUAUUUUUGUAAAGGACAGUGGUUAACAUGCACAGAUCAAAUCAAGACUAAAAAGAAAUAUAAAUGGAUUCAGCAGGAUAGAUUCUCUCUGUAUGACGACACAACAUCAAGAGUCUUCAGAGUGACCAUCAGAGAUCUGAGUGAACAGGAUUCUGGGAUCUACUACUGUGGAACUGAAAGAGAUGGACUAGAUCCCUACACUGAAGUGAAUCUGAAGGUUAUAACAGGUCAACAAAUCAGGAGCGUGAGAGGAUAUUCAGGAGGAAACAUCAUUAUAAACUUCAAAUAUGAGGAGAAACACAAGAACCAUGAGAAAUAUGUCUGUAAAUCUGCAGCAGAUCAAUGUUUGACUGUAAUAAACACUAGCAGAGCAGCAGAAUGGAAACAUGUCGGACGAUUCUCCGUUCAUGAUGACAGAUCUGCAGGUCUCUUACGUCUGUUUAUCAGAGAGCUGAAUGAGAACGACUCUGGAGAAUAUAAGAUUACAGUCAAAGUUUCUGAAGAAUACAGUUUCUUCUCUGAGUUUAAUCUGGACAUCAGUGACGAUGAUUGUUGUGUGAAGAGCAUCAGUCUAUCAGCUGCUGCAGGAGGAUCUGUGAACAUCAGCUGCAAAUACCCACAAUCCCACAGUAGAGAUGUGAAGUUUCUCUGCUGGAGAUCUGGAGAUGAUCUCUGUGCUGAAGAGACAUCUGUGACAAAGAGAAAUAAAUGGAUCCGUGAGGGAAAGAUCCGGCUGUAUGAUGACAGAGAAGAGCUUCUCCUGACGGGAAGCAUCAGUCAUGUGACUGAACAAAAUUCAGAAUACUGGUGUGGAGUUCAGUCUGAUCAAGGACACAAGAGCUUCAUCACACGAGUCCUGAUCAGAGUUACAGGGACAUCUUCAACACCUCCAUCAUCAUCAUCAUCAUCAUCAUCAUCAUCAUCAUCAUCAUCAUCAUCUGCUGCUUCUUUCUCAUCAGUCCAAUCUUCACCGUUCACAGGCGUUUCCAGAACUUCUACAUCACUGGCGUCUCUGAACACAUCAUCAGGCUCUUCUCUGAUCGUCCCUCUGGUUCUGGUUCUUCUGGUUCUGAUCAUCGCUGGACUCUCAUUACUGUUUCUCUGUAAGAAGCAUCAGUCUCAUGGUGGUGAUUCAUCAUCUCAGACUGGACCAGGAGAACAUGAAGUGGUUUCUCACACUGGUUGUGUUUAUGAGGAGAUUAAAGACACUCACAAACAAUUACCCACAAACCCCUCUGAUUCGUCUGACUUUCUAUAUGCCACUGCCCAAUUACCCACAAACCCUUCUGUUUCUUCUACAAUAGUUCAGAAAGCCACUGGUGACUCUCAGUGCUGCAUCACAUCUGCUGAGGAUCUGAAUUACGCAGUGGUGAAUUUCCACAAGGAAUCAGACCCUGACAGUGUCGGUAUCAGGAAUAAUCAGGAUUACAGUGAAUAUGCUGCUGUCAAUCAUCUCACUGCUUCACGAGCCACAUCAGAGAAUAUAAAUUGCUGAAUGUUUUUAUCACCUUUUUUUGUGUUUGUUUCUUGUUAGUCUUCCUCAGUGAUGACAACAUUUUUAUCUGCAUUGACAAGAUGUUCAGAUGGUGUGAUAUGUCAAGUCAAGUCCUUUAUUUAAAUAGCACUUUUUACAAUGCAGAUUGUGUCAAAGCAGCUUUACAGUGAUAACUAGUAUAUAAUUUUGGCUGCACAGAAAAUUGUGUCAUUGUCCAGCUUAAGUAAAUUCAGUAUUGAUUCAUUCCAUUGUAAGAAUGAAUAAUUAUUAAUUUAGUUAAUUUAUCUAUAUCAGCACUGGAGUAAACAGUGAUGUCAUCAUCCAGCUCAGUUCAGUUUGCAUACAAGGGUGUCGAUGCAGACAGAUCAAAACAUUGUCGAAUAUCAAAUGAGUAUCAACAUGUUUGAUCGCUACAGUUCUGUAAAGGUGAAAUUGUUUCACACUGUGGAGGGCAUUAUCAACCCUGAAGACCACCUGAAGACCUUAAAAGAUGUGGAGGUAUUUACCAGAUCACAAAUUACAAAUGCUACAUCGAUAUACUUCAAGACAUCACAGAUGGACAAUGACAGAUACCACAGAAGUAUCAAGAUAAAACCGAUUUAUUUGAAAAAAAGAAAACAAAUCUGUGGAGUUUCAUAAUCUAUACGGGGCUAGUGGGGGUCACGGUGUCAUACGUGCAAUCCCACGCCAAAAUUCAGACUCUCUAACACCAACAAUAUUCAUCCAGAGCAAAUGAAACAAGGAGGGUUUGUGUGUAAUGUGCUGUCAGAGAGAUGAGAGAGAGCGAAAGAGAAGCUGGAAUCGUGUGUCUAUUUUCUGUAAUGAUGGUUUGACCUGUGAAUUUUAAGAAUUUAAAGAUAUCUCAGAAUCUCAAAGAACUAUGGAUUACACUGAUUUCUAAAUCGGGUAAAGAAUAGGUGCAAGAGGCUGUGCUGUAGUAUUGUGAAUUGCUUACAACCCCUUCAGCCUUGAAUUAUUCACAAUACAGCACACCUCCAGUACCUUAUUGCUUUUAUAAAAUUUUUAAAAAACAAUACAAGUAUUAAAACCAAAAAUGUAUAUAAAUUAAUGUUACAUUUUCAAAGUAAAUUAAUUAAAUGCUGUCAUCAUUAAAUGUUCCUGUAACAUCACGUCUCAUCUUGUGGAGCUCAGAAACAGAGAACAGGAACUGAUCUCAUCUGCUGUCAUUUAUUUUUGUUAUGUAUGAUAUUUUCAUACAUCUGCUUUUCUCUCAGCAUGAGAAAA